CCAGGAAGUCUCGCGAUAGCGGGAGGCUGCCCUUGGCUGCGGAGGGCUGCAAAUUGUGUAGUUCGGCGCUCGGCGUGUCUAGCCAUGGCGCGAGGGCUUAUACAGCGGUACUGGGACAUUCCCGAUGGCACCGAGUGUCACCGCAAGGCUUACGUGAGCACCAGUAUGAGUGGUGCCGUUGGCCUCGUCACCUCCGCCUAUAGUGUUGCACUCAAUCCUCCUGACUCCUUCUUGGAAGGAGUGGCCAGGACUGGACGGUACACGUUUACUGCAGCUGCCAUCGGUGCCGUGUUUGGCGUUGCGUCCUGCGUCAGUGCCCAGGUCCGUGAAAAGCCCGAUGACCCCCUGAACUACUUCACUGGAGGCUGUGCCGCAGGUCUGACCCUAGGAGCACGCACUCACAGCUACGGAAUUGGAGCUACAGCCUGCGCGUACAUGGGCAUAACGGCAGCCCUGGUCAAGAUGGGCCACCUGGAGGGCUGGAAGUUGUUCGCAGAGCCCAAGGUGUGAGCCCCACCGCCUCCCUCAAUCUUGGGCAGGUGGAAAUACCCCUUAAAUUAAAUCCUGUGUCUGUUCA